AUAUGGGCAUUUUCAAUGGCUGGUUAUGCCUUUUGGCCUUACGAAUGCCCCGACCACAUUCCAAGCGGCUAUGACAACGGAGUUCCGACACAUGCUGGAUAGAUUCGUACUCAUCUACCUCGAUGACAUUUUGGUGUACAGCUGGAGUUUGGACGAGCAUAUGGAGCAUCUUCACACCGUUUUGGAGCGACUACGACAAGCCAAGUACAAAGCCAACCGCGACAAAUGCGAAUUCGCGCGGCAAGAGCUGGAGUACCUGGGACAUUAUGUAACGCCGCAAGGCAUCCGUCCGCUUGCGGACAAGAUCGAGGCCAUCCGCGUAUGGCCCGAGGCCACCAACACCACAAACGUUCGUUCAUUCAUGGGGUUGGCAGGCUACUACCAACGCUUCAUCACCGGGUACUCAAGGAUUGUCGCACCUAUGACGAGGUUACAAUCGCUAAAGGUGCCAUUCGUAUUUGGUGACGACGCACGCCGGUCAUUCCAAGCACUCAAGAUGGCCAUGCUCAUGGCACCCGUCCUUAGCAUCUACGACCCCACCCUGCCAACGAGAGUGACAACCGACGCUUCCGGCUAUGGCAUUGGGGCAGUCUUGGAACAACACGACCGCGACGACUGGCACCCCGUGGAGUACUUCAGCCACAAAGUGCCUCCCAUCAAUUCACUUGAUGAUGCAAGGAAGAAGGAGCUGCUCGCGUUCGUGAUGGCUCUCAAGCGAUGGCGACACUUCCUCCUUGGGUGUCGUAGGUUCACAUGGGUCACGAACAACAACCCAUUGACCUACUACAAGACGCAGGAUACGGUGAGCAGCACGAUCGGACGAUGGAUGUACUUCAUCGACCAAUUUGACUUCACACCGAAACAUCUCCCCGGCCUCUCCAAUCGCGCAACAGAUGCACUCUCGCGAAGACCCGAUCUUUGCGCUAUGACACAUCAUGCCUGCGCAUUUGACGAGGAACUCCAGCGACAAUUCAUCCGGGGCUAUGAGUCCGAUCCGGAUUUCGCCACGUUGUAUGCGCAGCUAUCUUCGGAUCACCCGUCGGCCAGCCAUUAUCGCAUCGUCGACGGGUACUUGCUCCUCCACUCGAGAGGCCAGGACUUAUUGUGUGUCCCACGCGACCGUCGUCUUCGGACUCACCUUCUCGGUGAGUACCAUGACUCGCGACUCACCGACCAUUUUGGAGUCAAUCGCACUAUUGCACGACUUCGACAACGAUUCCGAUGGCCUGACCUCGUUACCGAUGUCACUCGGUAUUGCGACUCUUGCGAAGUUUGCCGACGAAGCAAGCCCCGCAACCGCAAUCCCUACGGCGAGUUGCGCCCGAUGCCUAUCCCACAGGAACCCGGCCUCUCCAUUGCCAUGGACGUCACCGGUCCGUUUCCCCGCGACCGGCUCGGGCAGGACGACAUCCUCACGGUCGUUGACCGUUUGAGUAAGUAUGCGCGAUUUCUUCCUUGCAAGUACUAUGCCACGGCUCCCGAACUUGUGCGCCUCCUACACACCAGCUGGAUUUGCAGCCAUGGCGUGCCGGAAGACAUCGUCAGCAACCGCGACACUCGCUUCAUGUCGGCAUUUUGGACUUCUCUCAUGCAGGAAUCCGACACGAAGAUGAAACCAAGUUCGGCUCGGCAUCCACAGACGGACGGGCAAACGGAGCGGGCACAUCAAACCGCUCAAAUGAUGCUUCGUACGCUCAUCCGUCCGGAUCAGAAGGAUUGGGUUGACCGCCUCCCCGACAUCGAGUUGGCCUACCACACUUCGUUGCAUCCGGCGAUCGGCGUAACUCCAUUCGAGUUGCACCACGGUGGCCGGAAAAAGGCCGUAUCUUCGCUGAUCUUCUCCUCCCACGAACAACCGACAUAGACGCUGCUUGCUCCCCCGCUU